AUGAACGAAUUACUAGUAAAUUACUUGAAGGGUCUAUCAAAGUUCAACCUCAAUAGAUUAUUCAAUGAUAAAUCUUCUACACUCACUAUAUACCGCUUAUUAGACGACUUGAACAAGCAGAUUAUAUCAUCCUUGUUAUUCUCCAGUAAACUACUAGACCAGUCUACAUUAGAAUUACUAUAUAAAGAUGCAGACCUCGUUCCACUCAUAGAACUUAAUAUUAUCGAUAAUUCUAACGGUUCAAUUACUCUGAACGAACAAUUUAAACACUCACUCAAGCAAAUACUCAUCGGUAGAGAGAUUGAAUCAUUAUCAAACUCUAUCACUACAACAAUUGAACAGCUAGACACUUUUGCUACUCAGCAAUGGGAGCUUAUACUGCAUUACAUGGUUGGAAGCUAUAACAGUACGCCGAGUAAAGGUGUAUUGUUCUUACUUGAAAAGUCAAACCUAAUAUACACAGCUAACAAGCAACACCGCAUCUCUUCAAAAGGUUUCCAGUUUUUGUUAGAAGAUGUUCAGGUUCAACUUUGGCAACUUCUCCUGGAGUAUCUCAGCUUAUCUGAAAUACGUCAAAUGGAUCUAGUGGAGGUUUUAUCAUUCUUGUUUGUUUUAGGCACAUUAGAAUUGGGCAAGGAUUAUUCAAUAGAAAGUCUAACAAACACCCAACAAGCCAUGUUGUCGGAUUUGCGGGACUAUGGAUUAGUUUGGCAGCGAAAAACUUCGUCAAAGAGAUUCUACCCUACUAGAUUGGCUACUACACUCACUUCAUCCGCUCCACCGCUCUUACCCACUACUGAAUCAUCUUCGUUUACGACAUCAUCAGAUAACAAACGCUUUAUUAUCCUUGAAACUAACUAUAGGCUAUAUGCAUACACAAGUAAUCCAUUGCAGAUUUCCAUCUUGAACCUCUUUGUUACUCUCAAAGCCCGCUAUCCAAAUCUCGUCAUAGGUGUUAUAACGAGAGAUAGUAUAAGAAGUGCGUUGAGUAAUGGUAUAACAGCGGAGCAGAUAAUAGGAUAUUUAACAUCACAUGCACACACACAGAUGCACAGAAAUAAUCCACUUCUUCCUGUUACAGUUUCAGAUCAAAUACGUCUAUGGGAAUUAGAAAAGAAUCGUCUUAAAGCUGAUGAUGGUGUCUUAUACGCAGAAUUUAGAUCACAACCUGAUUAUGAGAUACUAUUAAAUUAUGCGAAAUCUUACGACUGUGUUUUAUGGUCGAACGAUAUUAAGAGAAUGUUCUUUGUCACACUUGAAGGUCAUCAAAUAGUACGUGAAUUCGUCAGGAGGCGUAUACCAGGCAAUAACAAUUCGUCAACAUCAUCACAAACACCUGUAUCUUUAUAA